AUGUCUGUUCUGUUCUCUCUCGCACUGUUUCUGCCACGUGGCAUGCCCCUCUCAUCCCUCGUCCAGCUGUCGCCACGCCAUUCGCAGGGGCCAAUCGUGGUGGCGGCGCACAACUGCCACCUGGACGAUGUGCUGGCGCAGGUCCCCCCAGCGCGGCACAGCAACCUGGUGUUGGUGCAGAACGGCAGGCUGGACGGCCUUAAGGGCGCCUCAGGAAUCUCUCCUCAGAAAUCCUCCCCCACUCCGCUCUUCCCCCCCCCCAGGUCCCCCCUGCGCGCUGCGUGGCAUAGCGACCUGGUGCUGGUGCAGAACGGCAUGCUGGACGGCUGGCUGGCAGCGCACGGCCUCUCCCACGCCGUCAUGCGCCUGCUGCUCUACAUGGCCGCCUCUGCCGCUCAAGAGAACAAGUCUGAGGGAGGCGCUCCUGGGGAAGGCGCUUCUGAGGGAGGCGCUCCUGGGGAAGGCGCUUCUGGAAGGGGAGAAAGGGUAAUGCAUGUGAGCUGCCGUUCCCAGCAGCACGAGAGCGAGGAGGAGGCCCAGGGAGUGGUGUGUGAGCCGCCGGCCCAGUCCCGGCUGCCUGAGUGCUUCACGUCGUCCCCUCGCUACCCCCACGGUGUGCGCAUCACGGACGGUGGGGGGCGAUCCGUUGCCACUGGCAGGUGA